AUGGAAGAGACGAGCAGGGAGGCUGUUGCCACAGCUGUUCAGCGAGUGGCCGGGAUGCUGCAGCGAUCGGACCAGCUGGACAAAGUGGAGCAGUACAGAAGAAGAGAGGCUCGCAAAAAGGCUUCUGUAGAAGCCAGGCUGAAGGUGAGUUUAUGUUGCAUGUUAAUUUGAUAUACUCGGAAAACCUAUCAUUAAUUUUUCUGUUAAGCAAACGUCAGAACAAAAAUCCCUCAUCAGUCUCCAGAAACUGAAAACAUAAGAUUUGUGUUCUGUCUUCGUGAACGACUAAGAAUUUUGCAGAUAGGCGUUGAUUUAUGGAAAACCCUCAUUUUAAAAUGGUUUGGAAACUGUGUAUAAUGUUGAUGAAAAAUAGCUUUUUGAGGUUUGCACAUCAUUUAAAUAAUAUGUACAAAUGAUAAUGAAUAAAAGUCGUCUGGAUAAUUAUUGCUCUUCCACAAACGUGGCUGGAUAAAAAGGCAUCUCUCAGCAGGAAAGAUGGGACAGGGGAUGAAGGGGUUAAUGGUUCAACAGUUGCAGAAUAUUUAAAAAGAUUUUGAGUAUCAUAACAUAAAAAAAUAUAAUAAAGGAGACCCUGAACUUUGAGCAGCUGAAAUCUUCUAUCAGGUAAGAAUGAGACAAAAUGUUGUCUAAGUACGAUUGACAAAUUAAAAAAGUCUUCAAACUGUUUUUUUAAAUUUUAUUAUUAUUAUUAUUGACAUUUUAAAGAGGACAUGAAACACUGUUAUCAUUAUUUUUAAGAAUGCCUCCCGACUUCACAGAUCACUGUAUUCAUGACUCUCAAAAUGUAAUACAUUUCUAGAAAACUGUGACAGAAGUUCCACUUUAGUGACACAGCGGGGAACCGUAAAGCAGUGCCACUUGGCGUGAUGUAAUCGGUUGUGAAGCCCGCGUAUUGACAAUUGAAUGAGAGCAGAUUAGGAUAGCUGAAAUGGCGAAUGGAGAGCCAAAGAUGAGUAAACUCGAUAACUGGGAUAUGUCUGGGAUAGAAUCACGCACAAUAAAUCACCAACCACGUUAUCAAUUUUCGCCUCUCUGCAACAAAUUGACUCCAUGGCAGACGGCAUGGGGAUGCAGUAGCCGCACAGGCUCCAGGCUGUGUUUCCGGCCCGGUCCUCGCCGUGAACCUGAGGUGCAGCUACUGCCUCCUCCUCCUUCGCUUCUCCUUCUCGCUUACAUGGUCUCUCUCUGACCGGCUCAAAAGCAUACGCCAUGGGGUUGGCAGGAUAGACCCCCACAACAUCUAUCUCAAACUCGUCCUCUGACAUCUUACCGCUAAGUGAUUGAGUCCCGCACGCUAAUUGUUAUUUCACUGCUCUGUUCCUGCACAACUAGUGACGUCACAACUGUUGUAAACGCAAGAUGGCGCUGUGCGCAUGUCGUAAAUACACUCUUGAAAGCGGUUUUCCUAUUAAACAGCUGAUUUAUUACACACACAAAAAAAUAUAUAUUUUUUUUACCACAUGACGAUGCCAAUGUGGUGUGUUUCAUGUCCUCAGCAGCAGCUUUUUUAACAUUGGCUUUGUAGUUGUUUUGAUCUUUUUUUAUCUCUAUUCCAGUUGAGUAAAGUGUUUGAGAUCUAGUCAUAGAAUAUAUUUUAUAAUAAAAUUUUUUAUUCAAAUGUAGGUAAAGUUAGCUGGUGAGCACUAGUUCAUAGUGGCUCCCUAAACCAUGUUAAAAAUCAUAAAUCAGAAUAGUUGAGCAUUUUCCCAUUUUCUAGCUCGCUCUUUACAUUUUUCCGGUUUAUUUGGGGUUUGAAACUUCUGCAUUGAAUGUGGACAGCUGGUUGACCUGUUUUCAACCUUGAACUGGUUUGAUAAGUGUUUUUACCUGCUUUCAUUAUCAAGACAGAUAUUUUUUUGAGAUAAGAAGAUUAUCUUGUUGAGAUUCUGUUCAUUGCACUCUGGAUCACAACCAAGAAAUGACCACAUUUGUAUUAGCUAACAUUAAAUAAAGUACAUGAAGAUUUUUUUUCUUACAAAUUUUUAUUAUUUAAUAGAAAUGUCCCCCCUGUGGCUUUUGAUUUCAUUCAUUCAUUCAUUCAUUCAUUAAAUCUUUAUUGUCCUCGAGGGGCAAUUUGGUUUUCAACAGAGGUUCAAACAAUCCAUAAACAACAUCAAAAUACAUAAAUACAUAAAUGUUAUAUACUAUCCACGUGGAUUUCAUCAUGACAGAUAGGCUGUAGAAUUGACACAAUACAGAUUGUCCAACAAUCAAAAGUUACACACUUCCAUGAGGACAUGUAGUGGCAGCAGUGCCUACAGCUUUUUUAAAACAGCUUAUGUUUGACCUUAAGCAUAGGUAAACCUCCUCUCUGAUGGCAGAAGUCUAAACUCUGCAUACAGAGGAUGCUGAGGGUCUCCCAGGAUGGCCUUUGCCCUCUGAAUGGCCCAUUACAUUAAAAAAACACGACCAAGAUCAUUCAAGUUGGUGCUGACACACUUUCUGCAAAGAUAAGUGAUGUUUCUUAGCCUGUUUUUGUCAACCAUGCUGACUUUACCAAAAACAGAUUAUUGCAAAAGUGAAAAUAGACUCAAUAAAGAUGAGUAAUUGUCAACAUUGAAUCCUCUCAGCUUUCUUAUGAGGACCAGUUUCUGAUUGGCCCUCUUGUAACUGCAUCUGUGUUGGCAUCAAAGGUCAGCUCUUUUGGGCAUUUCUUUCAGGCAGCCAUUCAGUCCCAGCUGGAUGGUGUCCGCACUGGUCUGACCCAGCUGCACAGUGCCCUGCUUGACGUGAAAGACAUCCAGAGCUCACUGGCUGAUGUGAGUAAAGACUGGAGGCAGAGCAUCAACACCAUUGAGAACCUGAAAGAUGUCAAAGAUGCUGUCGUUCAGCACAGUCAGCUGGCCUCUGCGGUGGAAAACCUAAAAAACAUUUUCUCAGGUGAGCUGUUUGCAGAUAUGAUCGAUUGUAUAAUAUCAGACAAAAUAUUCUGUCACUUUGAGAAGAUUAUAGACCUUGAACAAGUCUAAGAUGGCAAGCUGCCCAUGAUUUUAGACAAAAACUUGUCCUUUUUGAAUUUAAAGUCUCUGUCUUGGCUUUCUCAUUGAGAUUGUCCUCCUGUCCUGUCUUUCUCUUCGUUGAGCAUUUGUAUUUGACUCUUUAUGUUCAGUACCAGAGAUUGUGGCGGACACACAGCAGCUGAUAGAGCAGGCGGAGCUGCUGCAGGCCCACAGGAAGCUGAUGGAGCUGGAGUGUUCCCGAGAUGACCUCAUGUACGAGCAGUACCGCAUGGACAGCAAGAACACCAGCGAUAUGCACCUUAUCUCAAUCUACUUUGAGGAUGUAAGUUUUAGUCACAGAGUAGGAGGUCAGGAAGAAGUCGUGCUCUGUAGGGUUGUCUUCAUCAAACCUCCAGCAAGCAGCGGCUUUUCUCUUCAUACUAGAAACACAUGUCAUUAUGUUGGCCAACAAGCAAUUGUUCAUCUGCAAUUUUCUCCUGAAAUCUGGAGGUAACCAUUAUCAUCACCCACCUCUGUCUGUCAGUUUGCCUUCUAGUGCUUUGUGGCUAACUGUUGAAUAGGCAAACAUGGAAUAAAUAGGUUUUAUCAUGCCAGUGAUAAUCAGCAGUAGGGCUGAGCAAUUAACAGAAAAUUUACAGAUAACGAAAUUUACGACAAUAACCAACGUCAUUUUGCCCAUGUCAGUAUACAAUGGAUAUAAAAAGUUUAGACACCCCUGUUCAACUGCCAGGUUUUUGUCAUGUAAAAAAAUUAAAUCAAGAUAAAUAAUUUCACAACUUCUCCCACCUCUAAUGUGACCUAUAACCUGUAAAACACAAUUGAAAAACAAACAGAAAUCUUUCAGGGAGGUGAAGUAAAAAUUAACAACUGAGAUCAUGUGGUUGCAUAAGUGUGCACACCCUUUAAUAACUGGGGAUGUGGCUGUGUUCAGAUUUAACCAAUAACAUUCAAACUCAGGUUAAAUUGGAGUCAGCACACACCUGUCACCAAUUAAAGUGCCUCUGAUCAACCCCAAAUUAAGUUCAGCUGCUCUAAUAGCUCUUCCUGACAUUUUUGUAGCCACAUCUUUCAGCACAAGUCAUGGUCCACAGAGAGCUUCCAAAGCAUCAGAGGGAUCUCAUUAUUCAAAGAUAUCAGUCAGGUGAAGGAGCUGCAGGAAUUUCUGGCAAAUACUGGCUGUGUAGAACAUGUGACAACAAUCUCCCACUGUGUUCAUAUAUCUGGGCUAUGGGGUAGGGUGGCAAGACGGAAGUCUUAUCUUACAAAGAAAACGAUCAAAGCCUGGCUUUAUUUUGCAAAAAGACAUCUGAAAUCUCCCAAACGCAUGUGGGAAAAUGUGUUAUGGUCUGAUGAAACCAAAGUUGAACUUUUUGGGCAUCAUUGCAAAAUGUAUAUUUGGCGCAAAAUCAACACUGCUCAUCACCAAAAGAACACCAUACCCACAGUGAUGCAUGGUGGUGGCAGCAUCAUGCUUUGGGGCUGUUUUUCUUCAGCUGGAACUGGUGCCUUAGUCAGGGUGGAGGGAAUUAUGAACAGUUCCAAAUACCAGUCAGUGUUGGCACAAAACCUUGGGCCUUCUGCUAGAAAGCUGAAGAUGAAGAGGAACUUCAUCUUUCAGCACGACAAUGACCCAAAGCACACAUCUAAAUCAACAAAAGAAUGGCUUCACCGGAAUAAGAUUGAGACUUUGGAAUGGCCCAGCCAGAGUCAAGACCUGAAUCCCAUCGAACAUUUGUGGGGUGAUCUGAAGAGGGCUGUGCAUAGGAGAUGCCCUCGCAAUCUGUUAGAUUUGGAGCAGUUUUGCAAAGAAGAGUGGGCAAAUAUUUCCACAUCAAGAUGUGCCACGCUGAUAGACUCCUACCCAAAAGACUGAGUGCUGUAAUAAAAGCCAAAGGUGCUGCAACAACGUAUUAGUUUAAGGGUGUGUAUAUUUAUGCAACCAGGUUAUUUUAGUAUUUUAUUUUAUAUUUUUCCCCUUAAAGGUUUCAGUUUGUUUUUCAAUUGUGUUGUGAAAAAUAUAAUUAACUUAAUGCACAGGUAAUUCUGGCUUCAACUGGCCUGAACAAGAACUUUUUAUCGUUCAAUCAAGCCAGUGUACACAUCCCUGAUCUUAAAGACAGUUUGUCACCAGGCUCCUUAUCAAGACCUGUAAGGUGAAUAAAGGCUCCAUACAAUUCCUGGUUGGGGCUUUUUUAUAUUUUUAUUAUUAUGGAGAACAACAUAUCUUUACAGCUAUCACCCACCAGCUGAUGAGGCUUGCUCAGAAUUAGUCCCACGCAGCAUCAAAAACACAGCUGAAAUUUCCAAAGAGGAAUGAAAGUUAAAACAUCUGUGGGCGUCUAAUCUAACAGCUGGGUCUGCAAAUAGCACAUACUAUGCUGAUGUCAGUAUCUCCAGCCUGCAGAGGGACCAAUUGUAUGAGGCACCUGUAGCCAGUUCUUUGUGUCAACGGAGACUUCAGUCUGCAGUUGAUUUCGUACACUGACAGACGUCACAGUUACACAGAACAGCCAGAGAUGCUAUGAUAAAGUUUCUGUUUUUUGUUAACGUCUUGUCUGUCGUUCUGCUCACUCUCCACAGCACAGUUUGAGAUAAAUGCAUUCAUUUGUAUUAUGUAGCACAGAGCACCCUUACAUCUUUGUUACAGCAUGAUAUCUAAAAACUCCAGCUUACAUAUCUUAAUGUAGAAGGAAAGUUUUUAGUAAGAAGAUAAAUAACAAUUUGAGAGAGGGUAGAAAGGCUCUCCUCUAAUACAAGCCUGCUUCAUAUAAAGGCCUAGUACCUCCUGCAGUGGCCCCAGUUUAUACAUGAAGAUCUAAAGUAUGGCACAUAAUAGUAGCUGAAAUCCCAAUGAUUUACAUGAUCAUUAUGGUGGAUCAUUAUCUCCGGUGAACAGUGCAGUGUUUUUCUUUUUCAGGUCUAUUGAGUGUUUUUGACUUCCUCUUCCAGGUUCAGGGGUUGUCAGAUGAGCUGGCCAAACAGUUAUGGAUGGUACUGCAGAGGUCCAUGGUGACAGUUCGCCGUGACCCCACCAUGCUGGUGUCAGUGGUUCGAAUCAUUGAGAGAGAAGAGAAGAUUGACCGGCGUAUGGUUGACCGUAAGAAACAGACUGGGUUCAUCCCACCUGGGCGACCAAAACGGUGGAAGGACAAGAUGUUUGAGGUGAGACAUUUCUCUGCAUUCUGCAUUUGUACUCAUAUCUUCUUUGUUUCGAUGUACAUAUUAGUAGUGGGCGAUUUAGCCUGAAAAUGAUAUCACGAUCUCUCAAGGCAAUUUGCGAUAAUGAUAUUUGUGAUGAUAUGGAAAAAAAUUACAGAACAACUAAUUAUUAAUGAUUGUUGCUUCUAAACAACAGCAUUCUUAUUAUUGGUGUUAAAAGGGGUUAAAUUCUGAAAAUAAAUUCAGAUUUGCCAAAAAAAAAAAAAAAAAAAACAUUUUCCCAUGUUUUUUAUUUUUAUAAAUGUCCUCAACAUUGACAACAUUAGUCCAGUUGUCUGUUGUUACACACACCUGUUUGUCCUCUUGUAGAUUCGAUGACUCAAGAAACUCCCUUAAUCCACUCACAAUAUUUUCCCCUAUGUGAUUCUUGUGAAAGUAGCUGGUUUCAAGACAGGAGUUGUGCAGCUUGUGUAAUCGACCAUCGGGCUGAUAUAGGGUUGGAUGGUUCGGCUCAACCACGUCAGUUGUACAGGCAAAAAAUUGACCUAUGAGAUGGUAGAAGCCAGUUGUUCAUGGUAUGCUUUGUACAUCAUAGGCAAAGAUGUUUUUGAAAAAUAUUCUCUACCUGGGAUUGUGUAUCUUGGGUCAUUUUUCUUUUUUUAUUCAAAGCCUUCCUUUCCGAGACCUUCGUGGCUUCAUGUCUUUGACCAAACAAUACGUAACCGUUUCAAUAAUGUGCGGCCACAUUAGUGUUUUUUAAUUGUACAGAGUGCAGUAAGUGCUCCUGCAAUGCUACAUUGAGCCAUUUGUUUACUUUUACACUAGUAGCUGCUUUCAUGUCCUCAUCACACGCCUUCAAAGCUUGCUGAUAUUCAGCCGUGUGUUUUAGUUACAGAAUUAGCGCCCUUUUUUGCGUCGAUAACAGUCUGGAUGGUUCUUUUCCUCUUUGGUCGGAGGACACUACGUCCACUAUUUCCAAAAACUAUUUGAAACGUGGACUCAUCAGACCACAGAACACUUUUCCACUUUGCAUCAGUCCAUCUUAGAUGAGCUCGGGUCCAGAGAAGCCGGCGGCGUUUCUGGAUGUUGUUGAUAAAUGGUUUUCACUUUGCAUAGUAGAGUUUUAACUUGCACUUACGGAUGUAGCGACGAACUGUAUUUACUGACAGUGGUUUUCUGAAGUGUUCCUGAGCCCAUGUGGUGAAAUCCUUUACACAUUGAUGUCAGUUGUUGAUACAGUGCCGCCUGAGGGAUCGAAGGUCACAGGCAUUCAGUGUUGGUUUCUCUUACGUGCAGUGAUUUCUCCAGAUUCUCUGAACCUUUUGAUGAUAUUAUGGACCGUAGAUGUUGAAAUCCCUAAAUUCCUUGCAAUUGUACUUUGAGAAAUUUUGUUCUUAAACUGUUCGACUAUUUGCUCACGCAGUUGUUCACAAAGUGGUGAACCUCGCCCCAUCCUUGCUUGUGAAUGACUGAGAAUUUUGGAGAAGCUGCUUUUAUACCCAAUCAUGGCACCCACCUGUUCCCAAUGAGCCUGCUCACCUGUGGGAUGUUCCAAAUAGGUGUUUGAUGAGCAUUCCUCAAAUUUCUCAGUAUUUUUUGCCACCUUUCCCAACUUCUUUGUCACGUGUUGCUGCUAUCAAAUUCUGAGUUAUUUUUUGCAAAAACAAAUAAAGUUUAUGAGAUUGAACAUUAAAUAUCUUGUCUUUGUAGUGUAUUCAAUUAAAUAUAGGUUGAAAAGGAUUUGCAAAUCAUUGUAUUCUGUUUUUAUUUACGUUUAUCACAUCCUAACUUCAAUGGAAUUGGGUUUUGUACAUAUAAACAAAAACUUCACAGCAGCAGAUGAAUAUUAGAGCAGACAGCACCUAUACAUCGUUUCCAAUAGUGUAGUCACCACGAGCUUUAUGAUUAACUCUCCAUAUUGCUCUGAUACCACUAAGUGUUGUUGUAAGAAUAGCAUCAGAGGGAUUCUGUCUUUGGUAAGGUGUUGUCUUUUUGCCGUCCUUCGCUUUACUGCAGGGUCAUUGCUGGCCAACUGCACACUAGUUCACCUCUCUGGUCGUCUGUUUCUGUUUUAGGUCUUGGAGGGUACAGUCAGCACCCGCAUUGAGGGCACCCAGUCAGUGACAAGAGAGGCUGAUAAAAUGUGGCUGGUUCGUCUUCUCGAAAUAACCAGGAAAUAUGUUCUGGAUGACCUCACUGUUGUCAAGAACCUCAUGGUGCAGUGCUUCCCUCCCCACUACAACACUUUCAACAGGUAACAGAGAGAAAAUGAAUACGUCUCUUAAACAUAUGACAGGUUAGAGCUGGGCGGCUCAAAUCCUAUCGUGCCACAGAAGAACAUUUUGCUCCUGUAGUGAAAACAACAGACUACUUUUCAGGAUCCUAAAGCUUUAGUCUUUUAAGCAAGAAUUUGAUCUAAGUUACUACAACCUUUGUUGCUCAAAUUUGAAAGUGUGCCUAAAGCUAUUUCUCAUGGUUCGUCCUAACUAUUUUAAUUGUACCCUUAUUUAGAGUGAAUCUCCUUGUUUACUGUAACCCCUUUGCCCCCUCACCUAGCCGUUGUGACCUGCAGCUGAUCAGACUAGGGUUUUGUCAUGUGCAGACAAAGGUUAAUUGUGUUGCUGCAAUGUGUUAUCUUAAAUGCUCCUAUGUGUUUCCAGAAGCCUGUUUUAUGAAUUGAGACGUGCACUUCAUGGUGUAGUGUGGCUCUUACUGCCAUCUGCUGGCUUUAUUUUGAGUUGCACUGUUAGCAACGUGUUUUUUUUUUUAACUGCAAUUGCAGAAUUUGUAACCGUAUCAUUUCUGAAACAUGCAUAAAUACAAAUAUUGGCAGGGAGCACAUGGUGAUGUAUGUCUCUGGAUAUUUUGAGCACACCUCUGUUGUCAGUUGUAAGUGUUCUGUCAAUAAUUCAGUCUCUGAGUGAAACAAGUUUCUGCUCGUGUGUGUGUUUCAGGUUUUUCAGUCUCUACCAUAAUGCUGUGUCCACACGUGUCAACGAACUGGCCUCGGAAGAGCUGGAGGCAAAUGAAAUCGUAUCACUGCUGACCUGGGUCCUUAACACGUAUAAAAGGUUUACAAAAACACACACUUUCACUGACUCUGCCAUGGAAAGUGGUGUAUACUGUGUGAAUUUCACCAUAUAGACAAGACUAUACCCAUGACUCACACGCUGGUACAGCUUCUCAGACUCAGCUGUGCUCUCAUUGUUGAUGACAGCUUGCCUGACUGUAGAUCGUAUUGUGGUUGAAGUUAAAACUUUUGGCAGAUGAAGCAGAGUUUUCUUGUUUCCUAUUCACGUGAAAUCCACUGAAACAUUUUCAAGAUUAGACUGGAACUUCCCUGAUCUGUGUUUUCCUUAAAAACCCCCCAAAAGAUGACAUAAAAUAUGUGCAUGUGUAUGUUUUAGUACGGAGAUGAUGGGCCAUCCAGAGCUUCUUUCAGAGUGCGACAUUAACCUGCUGGAGCCACUGCUGUGCAAGGAUGUGGUGGAUGACCUGCUCAGCAAAUACGUCAAGACCUUUACAGUGAGUACACCAACAGAAGUUUAAAAUAUGUGUGACUUUUGUUCUUUUAUUUAUUUUGUGUAACACCUGGAGAUUCCUCCCACAACUAAAGUCCUGCCUUAAGAUUUCAGUUUGGUCCUUGUCUCAAUAAUUUUAGCAAUAAAAAGUCUUCACAGAAAAAAAGUCUAAGGAUAGUUGUCUUGUGGCAAACUGAUGCAGUGUAAGCACACCUUGUGCGGUCCACAAAAACAACAUAUCUGAGAUUAGGGAGAAAAUAAAGUUUCAUCUAAUACAAACAGUAAUCUUUAGGAGUGAAAUGAAACAAGUACAAUAACUUGUUUUUGUGGUUAUAUAAAAGUCAAUUUGUUCAUGGUUCAAAACUCUAAAGUGGUGUUGCAGAAAAGGUCAAAAUAAGAGGAGGAUGGACUCGAAAUUACACAUUGAAACAAGCAUUAUGCUGCCUCUAGAGUCUCUAUUGAUCUACUUUUAACUAGGGCCUGACCGAUAUGGAUUUUUUGAGGCCGAUGCCGAUUAUUAGGGGGGAAAAAAAAUCUGAUUACUGAUUGACUGAAGUUAUAUAAGAGCUGACAGGAAGACUGACUGAUCAAAGUCGAACCAGAAAAGCAUUUUCAACUAUACCUUCCCUUCACUGCUAACUCGGCAUGACUGAGACCAGCACAGCGGGGAACAUCGUGAAGUGUGUUGAACUGAAACUUGUGGACUUAUUGUGUAUUUCACAAACUAGUUUACUUACCGUUGAGGUGGACCACUCUCCUCCAUGCGUCCCUGAGCUGCCUGCUUCAGAUCCGUCACUCUGCUGUGCUGUGAGGUAGUUAGUGGAUGAAGAUUGUCAUGAGGUCGCUGCGCCAUCUACAGGAUAAGUCAGGGAACUUUUCAAAUGGAGGAACAUUUUCGAAGUGAAACCUAAUCUUUUUCUCCACAUUUUAUCUCUAAAAAUAUCGGUGAAAAUCUGUGAGUUUCGGUCGUUUACCAAUUAGUCUCAAACGGGCUAAAAUUGACCAAUUUAAUCAGCUCACCGAUAAAUCGGUCGGGCCCUACUUUUACCCAGGUAUUAAGUCUCCUAUUCUUUUCCCUAUCUUUAUGGUUAGGUUUCAAUUAAAAAAAAACUUAAGUUAGACACUCAUAGGAGUGCCAUAAUGAAUAAAAGUUUGACACAUUAAGAGUUCGACUGUUUGACUGUCCAUGUCUUUAGUCUAACAUUACAGGCUGGCUGCGGAAAGCUCUGGAGACAGACAAGAAGGACUGGCAGAAAGAAACUGAGCCUGAAGCUGACCAAGACGGAUUCUACCAGACCACCCUCCCUGCCAUCGUCUUUCAAGUACUACACACAGACACACACACCGUACAGCCACACAAACUCAACCCUGUACAUUAAAGACCCACUCUGAUAAAAAUCAUGUUUUUCUUGGGUUUUUUUAUAUGUUUAUAUCUCAUUUUUCUGAUGCUACAGGACAUAUCAUGAGAAAAAUACAUGCAAAAUUUCUUUUCUGAUUAUUUCUUCAUUCAAAUGACUGUGAAACUCUGGCAGACCCAAACGGCAGGUUCAGAAACAGUGAGAGUUCAUAGGUAACCAAUCCAAGUGUCCCCGGAGUAGGGAUGGGAAUUGAUGAGAUUUUAUUGAUAUCGAUGCCAUUAUCGAUUCUGCUUAUCGAUUCAAUUCUUUGACGAUUCCCUUAUCAAUGCCUUUCUUUGAUUUAAAACAAAUUAGACUAUAAGUUUUCACCAUUAACUCAAAAUUUUAUUGAGUCUCUGAUAACAGAAAAAGAUGUAUGCCACCUUCAGUGAGAGUCUAAAAAUAAUCAAACGAUAAACUAUUUGUACACGGGGUGGAGUCGCGCGCAAAAUUUCAAGGGUUUUUUGGGUCGGUCGAGUGUUUUUUUUGCGCUUCAUACUCCGUUAGUCCAUGGUACACAAAGUCAAAACUUCCGUACAAAACCCGUUGUUGUCUUUCUUGGUAAAAUGAAGCCACACUUGAGAUUGUUUCUGCCUACUUUUCGUACUGUCUGCCAUGUUUUUUUCCCUCAAAGUCUCUGUUCUCGUUCGCAUAGACUGGCUCUCACGAGACCGUUUUUCAAGGCACCCGGAAGAAAGGAAUCGUUAAGGGAAUCGUUCAGAUGAAAUGUAAAUGAUGUUGAUGGAUUGAACCAUUUGGAACCGGUUCCCGACAAGAACCGGUUCUUGAUUCCCAUCCGUACCCCAGAGCCCGGCUAUGCAGGCCAGACUUUGCAUAUAGAAGAGAAAUACAGAGGAUGAUCGUGGAACAAGCAUGUGCGUUAGUGGAUUGCAAUGCUCAUAAGGAAGCUUAAUAUGAUUUUAGUUUUCAUAAUAUUCCCAAAGACAUUAGUGUCUGUGAGCUGAAUACCCCCUAUGUUACCUGCCACUUCUACUACACCAGCAAUGUUAGGCUGCAAGCUAACAUGAAGACGAGUGUGCAGAGCAGCGCUGUCCUCGCCCACAACUCAGAGGUGAAUUGCUAAUGAGCUGCUGGCGCUUUGCAGGAAAAAAAGACACGGGUAACGCGAUUAUUGUUAAAAACUUCAUAAUCACAAUUUAAAGACCACUGAGAACACUUAAAGUAGUAAAAAAAAAAAAUGAUCGGAGUGGGACUUUGAUGUGACUUCAGGCUUCACUCAGACUCAGCUCUCAGAGACUUUACACUUGACUUGGCCUUUGCAAAAAGUGACGUGUGACAUCUCUAACUAACUCUUAUUAUGACAUGAUCACCAAACAGUCUCAUGAGGAAAAAUGAUGACAUGAUAAUAUAUUAAAUCAAUAGUCAAGGGUCAACUUCACUGUGACGACAAAAUAACCUGAAAAACUGCUUUACUGUCUUUUACUGCUGUCCUCUUCAAAAAAUCGGGCAAGAAUAUUCAAAAAUAAUUCCUGAUAUUUUUCUCUGGACUCAGUGAUAAAGUGGUUUGAUUUGAUUUGACUUGAUUUGAUUUCAAUCCAUUUGUAUUUUACUUUUUUCAAGUGGAGAUCUUUGCAUAUAUUUCUGAUGCUUCCAAAGUGAUCCCUCUUUCUCUUGUCGUUUGUUUCUUCACUCAUGAUUAGAUGUUUGAGCAGAACCUGCAAGUUGCUGCCCAGAUCGACGGGGAUUUUAAACAGCAAGUCCUGAAGCUCUGCCUGAAACAGAUGAACUCUUUUCUCAUCAGGUUCAGUUUUUACAUUCAAACCCUUUUUUUUUCCUGAUGGAGUCCUUCAGAUUUGUAUAGUUUUAACAUGUUUAGUUUUUGAACUCAAGGUUAACAAAGAGAGUGAAUAGAUGUUGUUGAUUAAGCACUCAGACCUGAGCCUUUUCCCCAGUUAGUCACACUGAGUGCAGAGAAGAGAGACUGAUAAAGUCACAGAUUUAAUAAAGACAAAUCAAGAGAACAGCCUGCUGCAGUGAUUCAGUCAUUCCUGAGGAAAUCUAACACAAGUGUGUUUCUGUGUGUUGUGUGCAGGUACAGAGAGGAGGCGGUGACUUACAAAGAGGAGCAUCUAAGGGACAGACAGCUGCCUCAGUGUUAUGUCCAGUACAUGAUCGCCAUCAUUAACAACUGUCAGACAUUCAAGUAAGUUUUUAAUUGACUUAAAUCUGUGUUUUCACCUUCACUAAAGAAUUAUCCUUGUGGAGACCAAAAGCCUUAUGAAGCCAGAUGCAACAAUGCUAAUUGCUAUCAUGUUUAAACCCAUCAGAGUUCACGGCCCUUUCAGCUGUGAGUGUCCUUAAGUCUGAUCUUCACGUCUUAUCACUUAAUGUUUCCUGUUAUGAAUAAGUGUGUGAGGAGAAAAAGCUGCUCCUGGGGCCUCAUUUAUCAACCGUGUGUACGCACAGAUGUGUGCGUAGUGAGUGCAUCCGAACAUUCCCGCGCAAAGUAUGGAAUUUAUCAACCUGUACUUGUUCAUAGGAACGUGUGUACAUUUAAGCAAAACUCUGAUCAUGCGUACACGCAAAAUCCAGUGGUAGAAAAGUGAAACUACAAAUAGAACCCAAUAAAGGAGUCACAACGUUCAGCAAUCUCAAACUUCACAUGUUCCCUGUUGCCUUUUUAUAAAAUGUAACUAAAUAGUUUAUUAGCAGACAUUUUGAAUGAUUGGUGUGACAAGCUAUAAAAAUCUGCUGUGACAGGACAACCCCAAAUUAAGUCUUACAAGUACAAAUACAAGAAUCACAGCUUAUUUUGCACUAUUGGAGAACUUGGAGAACCGUAUGCUCCGCAGGGAGCGCGUUUUCAAAGACCGUGCGGAUCUGUUCAGUGAGAACACAGAGUGGCUUCUCAGCAGGUACCGCUUCCCCAAAAUAUUUUAAUGGAUUUACGCCAUGAUUUACUACCCGUGUCGGAGCGAGAAACAAAACGCCCCAAAGCCAUCCCAGUGCACAUCCAGCUCCUGUCCACUCUGGGAUUUUUGGCCACCGGAACAUUUCAGCGUGAGAUUGGAGACAUACAGUAUGCGGCAUUUCGCAGCCAACACUCUGGCUUCAAUUCACAUCCAGUUCCCAAACACACAUCACCAACAAGCCAAAAUAAAACGAAGAUUUCACGCCAUUGCCGGAUUUCCAAACAUAAUUUCAGCCAUAGAUUUCACUCACAUCGCAAUAAAAGCCCCUUUACACAAUAAAUUCAGUUUUGUCAACAGGAAAAGAUUUCAUUCAAUCAAUGCACAAAUAAUCUGCGAUGCACAUUUGUUUCUGUUAAACCUUGUUGCCCUUUUACACAAAGUAAAAGCUUGUAUCUGCAUGGGUGAAAUGACUUUGUCAGAUGAUUGUGUUGACAGUUGAUAGCAAUUAUUUCACAGAAUCAGUCGAUGGUGUAGCUGAUGGCUUUGUUUGUUUUGAGAUAGCAUACAAUGAUGGGUGUGUUUUGUAUGGAGUCAAAAGGAGGCCAGGAAGCGUUGCAAAUGCAGGUGAGAUAUUGUCAACAAAAGCAAUAAUUGUAAAUGUAAGUGAAGUAUUGUAAACCAAAAAUAUAUAUAAUUGAUCACUGUUUUGUUUUUUUUUCAAAUUAGGUAUUUUUUGCAUUGACAAAACUUUUUCUGCAUUUACAAAACAUUCUGGCCUCUCUUUGACAUGGGGGUGGGGUUGACGAGUGGCAUGUGCAAGGGGGCGGGUUAGUUGAGUAGCGUGUCCAGAGAGGAAAAUUUAAACAAAACCAUAGAAGGAUGGCGGACCAGAACAGUGGUGGUUCGAGGCAGCCCAGUGAAAACCUGUGAAAAAAAAAAACAUCAGUUUGUAUGAGUGUGUGUGAAGCUACAGGGGUUGGACAAUGAAACUGAAACACCUGCCAAUUUAGUGUUGGAGGUUUCAUGGCUAAAUUUGUCCAGCCUGGUGGCCAAUCUUCAUUGAUUGCACAUUGAACCAGCAAGAGCAGAGUGUGAAGGUUCAAAUGGCAGAGUAAUAGCAGUUUUGCUCAAAAUAUUGUAAUGCACACAAUAUUAUGGGCGACAUAUCAGAGUUCAAAAGAGGACAUGUUGUUGGUGCACGUCUUGCUGGCGCAUCUGUGACCAAGACAGUAUUUGUGAUGUAUCAAAAGCCACGGUAUCCAGGGUAAUGUCAGCAUACCACCAAGAAGGACGAACCACAUCCGACAGGAGUAAAUGUGGAGGCAAGAGGAAGCUGUCCGGGUGUCCGGGAAGGGAUGUCCGGGUGCUAACCCGAGUUGUAUCCAGAAAACAUGAAACCACAGCUGCCCAACUCACUGCAGAAUUAAAUGUGCACCUCAACUCUCCUGUUUCCACCAAAACUGUCCGUCGGGAGCUCCACUGGGUCAGUAUACACGGCCAGGCUGCUAUAGCCAAACCUUUGGUCACUUGUGCCACUGCCAAACGUCGGUUUCAAUGGUGCCAGCAUCGAAAAUCAUGGGAUGUGGACAAUGUGAAACAUAUAUUGUUCUCUGACGAGUCCACCUUUACCGUCUUUCCAACAUCCGGGAGAGUCACGGUGUGGAGAAGCCACAAAGAAGCAUACCACCCAGACUGUUGCAUGCCCAGAGUGAAGCAUGGGGGUGGAUCAGUGAUGGUUUGGGCUGCAAUAUCAUGGCAUUCCCUAGGCCCAAUACUUGUGCUAGAUGAGUGUGUCACUGCCAAGGACUACUGAACCAUUCUGAAAGACCAUGUGCACCCAGAAACACUGUAUCCUGAAGGUGGUACUGUGUAUAAGGAUGUUAAUGAACCAAUACACACAGCAAGACUGGUGACAGAGUGGUUUGAUGAACAUGAAGUUGAACAUCUCCCAUGGCUUGCACAGUCACCAGAUCUAAAUAUUAUUGAGCCACUUUGGGGUGUUUUGGAGGAGCGAGUCAGGAAACGUUUUCCUCCACCAACAUCACGUAGUGACCUGGCCACUAUUCUGCAAGAAGAAUGGCUCAAAAUGCAUCUGGCCACUGUGCAGGACUUGUAUCUGUCAUUCCCAAGACGAAUUGAUGCUUUAUUGGCCGCAAAAGGAGGCCCUACACCAUACUAAUGAAUUAUUAUGGUCUAAAACCAGGUGUUUCAGUUUCAUUGUCCAACCCCUGUAGCUGAAGUGUAGGUUUAUAAAAGUGGUUGUUUGGGUUUCAAAUACCUCCUCUAAGUUGAACCUGUGAGUAAGGGUAAAGCUUCGCUCAAUAAGCAACUAUCCUAAACAUUUAUGUUGUAAUAGCUUCUAGAUAUUGAAGAGUUUUCGUGUAUGUCGAAAGAACACUUUGGGAUCCUGUUUUUGAAUGCAUGGUGCUUGGUGGAUGUGCUCUUCAGGGAAUCCAUCAACAGCCUGAAGAGGAAGUACUCCCAGUCCUCAGAGCCCACUGACAGUGAUGCUGCUAUAGAGCGGACCCUCAAUGAGGUGGCCAAAGAGGGAUGUCAGUUUCUUUUGGAUGAAGUCUUCCUCGAUCUUGAGGUAAGUACUUUUGCAUCGUGGCAGAGUAUUUGUCAUUAAAUAUACACAUCGGUGUGUACAAAUGAGCGUAUUUUUAGUGUAAAAUAUUUUCUGUCAAUUAAUAAGGAGUGCACGUGUCUGGUGCUCAGGGCCACCAUGACUCUGAUCCACAGCAUUAGUGCCUGUUAAUGAUGUUUGAUGUUGAAAUUGGAUUGAACAGCAUCACCUGAAUGAACUGCUGACCAGGAAGUGGUUGACUGGCUCCCAUGCUGUGGACACCAUCUGUGUGACAGUGGAGGACUACUUCAACGACUUCAACAAGAUUAAGAAACCUUUCAAUCAGGUGAGAAGGGAACAGGACUGAACAGAGUCUGUACGUCAAAUCUUCAUCCCAAACCAUCUCCCUGAUGGUGCACACUGUGGAUGAAUGUGUACAAUGAUUCCAAAGAUUUAGCUGGUUUUAACGUUUUGUUGGUGUUUUUUAAAGAGACAGGGUUUCCUGCAGCCAUCAGCAGGGCCUCCACAGUUCACAGAUAGAGAAAACUUCUUCAUGGUCCUCACUUUAAUGUGCUUUUAUACGCUCCCUUGAGAUGGUCUUAUAACUGUUAGGUUAAUCAUUAAUGACUUUAAAGUAAUUUUGAACAUAAGUAUUGUUAGUUGACUGAUUCUCAUGCUGUGGACAUAGUCCCAUUAACUUACACUGCAGCUAUCAUUAGAUUCAACUUUCUGUCCUUCCUCUUGAAAUAAGAAGAUAAACAUGAUUUUGGGUUACUCUCAGUAACUCUCAGUACUCUGAAGUUGACAGCUAAGAGCUCUGUAAGUGGGAUUAAGUUUCCACAGUACAGAACCAAGGGCUCUAUUUUUGUGCCUGCCAGCGGCGUGGUGGAGAAUGGUGGACCCCGCGCAGUGGUAUUUUCAUCUGGCAGAGCUGAGUGUACAGCCAGUUUGGUAUUUUCGUGGACUGAGGUGCACCGAGGUCCACCAAGCUGGGCGUGGUGGCGCAGUAGGGGGAGGUGUCGACAGAAUCGGCUAGCGCAGUGACACUUUCUUACGCCGUGCCAGCGCCACGCCGCCGGCGAGGAACAAAAUCAGAGCCCCAUGAGUGUGAAUGUCUGACAUGUUGUCUGUUUUUUGUUCAGGAGAUGACGAGCGAGGCCCUGCGCAGAGUGGUGGUGGAGUACAUUAAAGCGGUGAUGCAAAAGAGGAUCACAUUUAAAAAUGCGGAUGAGAGGAGAGAGGGCGCUGAGAGGAUGAUCAAAGAGGCUGAUCAGUUCAAGUUCCUCUUCAGGAAACUGGCUGCUGUAAGUUCUCCUGCUUUUAUCAGUGUUUCUUUGACUGUUCUGAAUUGUGUGUUUUUUUUCCAACAUCUGAAAAAGAUAACAACAAUAAUAGUAAUGAUUCACAAAGUACAAAGCAUAGUACAGCACAAGAUAGUCAAAUACACCAGUACUACCGUUCUAACCAGUAAUCAUAUGUGUGUUAAGUUCAAAAAUCCUAAAACCUGAGCACACUGUCAUUCACAGUGUGCCUGAGUUGAUCCAGUCUGUCUGUGUACUCAUGGCCUAAAGGUUGGAGUUUUAAUGAGACUCCUUACAGGUAUGAGGGCGUGUCUAAUGUCAGCUGGUUGUUGUGUGCAGGGUGAAGACACAGACCCACUUUGUGGUGCCAUCGCUGCCAUAGCUGAAGUUUUCAAGCUGACCGACCCCACCCUGCUGUUCUUGGAGGUCAGCACUCUGGUGUCCAAGUACCCUGAUAUCAGGUAAUCCCAGUCACACACACACACACACACACACACACACACACACACACACACACAUACACACACACGACAGUCUUUUUACUGUGCAUCAUUACUACACAUGUAGAUAUAAUUGUUUAUACUUAAAUAUGUUAUGGAUUCAAAAUCCGUCCUGUUACCAACUGUGUUUACACCUCACAAAGAAAACCUGUCAUAAAGAGUUAGCCGCCCACUGGAACUACAAUACUUCGGCUGGCUUUUUAGAAUAAAGCAAGGCUGCUCAUGUAGUUUUCACUAUUUGACGUUAGCAUGUCAAGUAGAUUCAUAACUUUGUGCAAAUCUGUGAGGAGGGAUUCAAGCUGUACGCACAGACUAUCAUGUGCACAUUGCUUUUUUUUUUUUAAUGACCUGUUAUCCUAGGGCUUUGCGCACACGCGGGUAUGUAAACGAGCUUUAUUCUAACCAAUAAACCAGCCAUCUCUCACAUCUCAUUCCUCCAGUCAAGUGCAACUUGUAUUGUUGUUUAUGGUGAAGCUGGUCUGCAUCCCAAUUGGUCACUGAGCCACAUGAAGCAACCCCUUUGAUUUACAUCUGUUUUUUGUGAUUAACCCAUUAAGACCUGAACCCUGUCUGAGACACGCCUCUGAAAUCCUGAGGGCAAUUUUGAGAAGUGUUGAGGUUUACAAAAAAGCUGAUAUCUCGGCCUCUGUCGCAGAUAGAGCUUACACAUGUGGCUUUCGAGAUAACUUUCUUUUAUUUUUCUGAACCUUCAUCACAUUUUCGAAAACCUUGAACGAACAAACUCAAAUGAAAUGAAGCGGCUGUAUAAAUAAAAAUGAAGACUCUGCACUGGAGAAUAACAAACUAUUUGCUUUCUGUAAAACAAGUGGCAGUCAUGAUAAAGUGUUCAUUCAAUACAAAUGUAAAUAUAAGAAAUGAAGUGUUGAAAGGGUAUGCAGCCACCCUAGUAUAGUGCCAGUACAAAAGCAGCACUUAAAAAAAAUAAAUAAAUGACUGAAAUGACUGAAAAAAUACAGAAUGUUACAAAAUGACACAUCCACACUCCUGGCUUGAAGGGUAGAAGUGCUCAGCGGCACCGCCAGCUUGGAAGGUUAAAAUGCGUACACGCCUCUCCUGGCUUGAAGGGAUGAAACAUCUACAUGCACCCAGCUUUCCGAGUAGAAAUGCGCAGCCACGCUCCCGACUUGAAAGGUUGAAAUGUGUACAUGCUGUCCCGGUUUAAAUGGGUUAAUUAUCAUUAAUGUUUGAGAAAACACACUUUAUAUUCAUCUCUCAUUUGCUUUUAAUAAGCCUCACCUGAAGCCAGAGCUGUUUAUUAGAUUUGUUACAUGUUUGAAUCACACAUUGUGAACUUAUCAGAUCACAAUAUGAAUAAAAAAACUGUUUUCUAAAAAGAAUAAUCAAUAUUUCUGUAUAUUCUUUCUUUACAUACAGUAAACACAUCUGAGCAGCCAGAAGCAGGUGCUGAUUUUGUUAGAACUUAAUAAAACAUGAAAAAUGGAUUUUAAACUUGGUAUUUUUUCUUAGAAAGGUAAAGAUAUUAUCUGCUAAGAGAAAACAUCCCACAGCCUUCAUCUGUGAUGAGUUUCCACAUCCCUGUUAUCUGCUCUCUGUUUGAUCAGGUGGUGUUCACAGACUGGUGCCACACUGGCCUCACUGGUUUAAGGUUUUUUGUCCUUCCUGUCCCCCUGUAGGGAGGAGCACAUCCAGGCCUUGCUUGCAGUACGCGGUGAUGCCAGCAGAGAAAUGCGCCAGAUGAUCAUCGGGACUCUCAGUGAGAACAAAGUAUCUUAUGCUGGUGUGACACAGCCCAUCUUUAAAGACAUCACUGUGCCAACCAUCACCAUGACUACCAUGACAUCCAUGGCAACAGCAAAGCUGCUGAAGUAA